AUGAUCAGCCUCUCCACCACCAAAACCAUCCUUUUCACAAUUGCUCCCUUUCUAAUCCCCAAGCUCCUCAACUACUAUCGCGCCCUCCGCGCCAAAUCUCAGACGUCUCCUCUCCCAAUUCAACCAAUCCCCAAAGUCGUCUAUCGCUCCCUCAAUAUCCUAUUCAUCGCAGCCCUUCUAUCCCUGAUAUCAACCCUUCCCCACUUUGCCCCAGAGAACAUCUUCAAGAUAACAUCUGCCCGUCUCCAAACAUCCAGUGAAGUCCUUUUCAGUCGCCUCGCCACCGCCCGUGGCCCCAGCGGCCUCACCGACGCCGACACAACCCUGAAACCAAAGCUCGCUUCCCUUGACUCCCGCCUCCUGUAUCUGACUUACGGCCCUGACGUCCUCACGAAUUGCCCUUUCUGCACUUCUGAUGAGCCAACCACAUACCUCUACUAUGCGCUGCCCUCCUUCAUCAUCCCGCACAUCUUCAACCUCCUUGCCCUGGGGCUUGCUACAUCAAACGCAGUAACAGGACAGUGGGGUACCAGAUGGCGGACUACCGCCGCCUCGUUAGGUGUCUGCCUCGCGGUCUUGAACAUUUGGCUCUUCACGGCGUACAAUUGGAAAGCAAACGCCCGCGCCCUGAGGCCCGAACAAUACGUGCUUUUCUACUGGCGGAUGCGUGUUGCGAGAGGCGUGAUGCUCAGUCUCGCGGACGCAGUUAUCGCAGCGUUGAUGUACCUGAGUAGUACGAACAGGGCAUUUGUGACGCCGCCGUCGGCUCAGGAAAGGAUGGAGGUUGCGUUGAAGACGCUGGAGCAGUCCAGAGGGAAGAUGAGCGCCAUGGCCGUUGUCAGGAAUGCCGUGGCUAGGGAUGAGGGGUUGAGGAGACGGACAGAGGGGUACUGGGUAAAAGAGGGGAGAGUCAUGGGGGAGGUGAUGGAUGAAAGGGAAGUGGUCGAGGGGGUCAGGAGUGCGUUGGAAAGUAGGGUUCGGGUUGCUACAGUGGAAGAGGAGGCAAGAAAGUUUGCAGAUGCACUGGUUGUGGGGCCGCCUCCGCAGCAGGACAUAUCUUGA